CAACAAGCAGCAGAUGUGGAGCACGGGUAGAUCAAUUAUCAUUCAUUAUCAUUCAUACUUAUCAAAGCUCUUAUCAGGGUCUCUUUUUGAACUCAACCUAUUUUUUCAAACCCGUGUUUUCUUCAACACUUGUCGGUAUUACAUUCCCUCAAAGUCGUUCACUCUCACCUACCCCUUCAUUACUGAUCGCUUCUUUCCGAUCGGAUGACAAUAUCAAUCUUUACUAUCAGCUAAAUAGAAAGCUACGCCGUUUUAACAUAUCACCACUUUAUCGUCUUCUAUAUCUGGACGAUAUAGCCUAUUGCUGACUUCGAUUAUCUCGCCCCCGUUCAUUUGUUACUUUGGAAGUUUGAGUUCCCCAAUUGGGCCGCACUUACCUCAAAUAUCUUAUACGAAUAAGAAUAAUACCUACACUACACAUCAAAACACAACACUAUGGCUUCUAUCAACGCGUCAUUGAGUACUGGCGCGAGGAGAUGUAUCGGCAGUAGACAAUACAUAUCUACAAGCAUAUCUCAACGACAAUAUGGGACGAAUGCAUCUCGAUUGUCCAGAUCCAUUGCUGCUGCAGAUUCUCUCCAUUCCCGCUCACUACUACAAUCGCGAACUAGAACCAUGUCCACCACUACUACUCUCCGCAGUUUGAACGUCAACAACAUCAACCCACACGUCAAAGAAGCCAAGUAUGCUGUCCGUGGAGCCCUCGCUGUUAAAUCAGAAGAAUAUAGAGCCAAGCUCGCAAAGGGCGAUAAGGAUCUCCCAUUCGAUACAGUCAUAAGUGCCAAUAUUGGAAAUCCGCAACAAUUAGAUCAACAACCUAUUACUUUCUUUAGACAAGUCUUGAGUUUACUUGAGUACCCACCGUUAUUGGAGAGGGAAGAUGUAUUGUUAAAUGGGUUGGGCUACAAGAAGGAUGUUAUAGAGAGAGCAAGGUGGUUGUUGAAGGAAGUCGGAAGCGUGGGUGCUUAUAGUGCUAGUGCUGGUGCGACGGGAAUCAAAGACAGUGUGGCUAGAUUUAUUGAGAAUCGAGAUGGAUUCCCCGCAGAUCCAAAGGAUAUCUACCUCUCCGCCGGUGCCUCCGCCGGAGUUAACACCCUCCUCCACAUUAUCUGUGCCGGUCCCAAUACAGGUGUUCUAGUACCUAUCCCGCAAUAUCCUUUGUAUACCGCCUCCCUCUCCGUUCUCAACGCAAAAUGCGUCCCCUACUACCUCGACGAAGCCCGCAACUGGGGUACAGACCUCCAGGCCAUAAAGGAUGCAUAUGCUGCUGCUGUCAAAGAAGGAACCGAUGUCCGCGCCAUCGUUAUCAUCAACCCCGGUAACCCAACUGGUGCAAGUCUCCCACCCCAAGAUAUCGAAGCAGUCAUCAAAUUCGCCGCCGAGAAGAAAUUGGUUGUAAUGGCAGAUGAAGUAUACCAGACCAACGUUUUCAAAGGAAAAUUCCAUUCUUUCAAGCAGAUCCUCCGCGAUCUCCAAUCCAAAACUCCAGAAAAAUACGACAAUGUUGAACUCGCUUCUCUGCAUAGUAUUUCCAAAGGUAUGGUUGGCGAAUGCGGACAUCGAGGUGGAUAUUUCGAACUGUGUGGGUUCGAUCCAGAAGUCGUAGAACAGAUAUACAAAUUCGUCAGCAUCAGUUUAUGCGCACCGGUCAUCGGACAGUGUCUCGUCGAACUCAUGGUAAACCCUCCAAAGCAAGGCGAACCAUCCUACGAACUGUACAAACAAGAAUACGAUGGCAUCUUUUCCGGACUCCAGAAGCGCGCAACGGCUCUCUAUGAAGCAUUUAAGCAAAUGGAAGGUGUAGAAUGUCCAGAACCUCAAGGAAGUAUGUAUUUGUUCCCAAGAAUCCAUAUUCCAGAGAAGGCGGUAGAGGCUGCGAAGAAAGAGGGUAUGGGCCCAGAUGAAUAUUACUGUCAUAAAUUACUUGAGGCCACGGGUGUUUGCGUAGUACCUGGAAGUGGUUUCGGUCAAAGAGAAAACACACUGCACUUCAGGACGACAUUUUUGGCACCGGGUACAGAAUGGGUGGGCAGAAUCACAAAGUUCCACGAGGAAUUUAUGGGAGAGUUCAGAUAGAGGGAUAUUGCUAGAGUGGAGUGUGUAGAGCAUGAGAGGGGGCGGACAAUAUGGAGUAUGUAAUGCAAUUGCACAGAUGGGAAAAGGGAGAACUUACUCGACUAAAUCAAUAGAUGAAUAUCUAGCCGUAGAAGAGCUUUUCUUUUGAACAGAGUUUGAGAUUAUUGGCAUUGUCAGAGGAAAAAGGAAAGGGGAAGAGGAUGAGAAUGACAGGAAAAAGAAGAAAAGAAACGAAAUUAUGAAAUUAGAUAUCUGCUGUAAAUAAGGAUAUAAAGAUAUAAAAUAUACAACAGCGUGCAUCAUAUAGCGUAGCAUACCUAGUAUAGCAUAGCUUAUAAACCCAUUACAUCUGGA